CCCGAUGAAGAUUUAAUUGCCGGUGUUACAGCUGCAUUCGAUUUAGCGCAUGGUUCUGCUGCUACAAGCGCUUCCGAUCGAGCCGCUGCACUCGCAGCUGCCUCAUCCAGUGCUUUUGUCGAGCAGCAGUAUCGCAAUAUGGUAAGUGGUAUCUAA